ACACGGUCACACCGGACACCGACUGAAUGGAGUCUGUGAAGAAGACCACAGCGGGGGUGGUGUUCUGGACCCCGGCGCCGACCUGCGCCUCCCCCGCCAGCUCCGUGGAGUCGGAGGGCCUGUGGGACGACGAUGAGGAGGAGCAGGCGGAGACGGACGACGACUUUUCCCAGCAGGUGGAUGACAGCGGCAUCAUCGGACUGGAGGAGGCGCUGGGGAGGGUGGGACUAGAGGGCGCCUACGGGCCUCUGACGCCACGGGGGGCGGAGCCUAAACGGUGGGAGAGAGAACCAGAACCAGAGUCACCAGGAGAGGAUGAACACAACACGUCAAACCUUGAGGAGAUAAACAGCGGUUUCCGAGUAGUGAGUCAGAGGGAGGAGUAUCUGGACGUGAGAGAGCAAGAGGAGGAUGAAGACGAAGAGCAGAAGACUGAAAGAAACGGGAUGAAAAAUGAAUCCUGUAGUGAUUUCAGAACUACAUAUACACCUGAGAGCUUCAUAACCCGAGGAGCCAUCAGCGAGUCGAUUCGUCGCCCGUCGUUGGUCCAGACUCCGUUGGGACGUCACCGGCCUGAAUCCCCCCCUGCCCCGCCCACCAGAGCCCCCCUAACCCCCCACCUUCUCCACUUCACCACCAAGGAACUGGCAGCCGCUCCGGGCAUCGAAGCCGAGACGCUCCCAGACGUCAGCCUCGGGGAAAGCCUCCUAGAAUCCCCCAGCGUCUCUACGAGCCUCAAGUCCAGUCCACGGUGUCCACGGGGCCCGGAGUCCAGAACCUCAGCUCGGACCGCGGCCAAUCAUCCCGGCGCAAAGAGUAAGAUCCCCACAAAGGUAUCGGCAAAAAGCGAUCCGUCACCGAGCAGGAAGAGGCAGCUGUUCCCUUCAGACACACAUCUAAAGAGUCCAGGUGGGACCAAAACCGGGACCGGGUCUGUGAAAACCAGCGGUCAGAACCAGAUCCCACAACAGGAGCAGAGGACCACCAGAGCAAAGACCAAAGCUGUUAAAGUCGCUCAGACCAGGGAGGGGCCUCUGAGUUUCCACACCCCUGACUUCUCCAAGGUGGAGCCCAGAGUGCGAUUCCCCAAAGCCGGUUACAAACCCCCGAAGAGCCAGCGUCCCGUCAAGAGGAAGUCCCUCUCGCCCGAGCCCCCCUUCAUGUUCAAAUCCCCCGCUGACAUCGUCAAGGAGGUCCUGCUGAGCCCCUCCGACGGACCCCCAGAUCCCCCGGAUUCCAAGGGACCCCCGAUCGCCUGCGAACCCACCUCCGUCGUACCUCAGGAGUUCAGAUGCAAAGAGCACGCCAUGACGCUGCUGGACGAGCUGCAGGAGGACAACUACAGACUGAAGAUUAAAUGUGCUGAGGCGGCCAACACCAUUGAUCAACUACGUCUGGAGGCAAAGGUGAACCUGUACUCGGACCCUCCGAGGCCGGGCCCGUCUGUGCGUUCUGGACUGAACCCGCAGCCGCUGAAGCUCAUGACGCUGGAGUUUCCUCAGGCUCAGAGAUCGGACGUCACCUCGGCCUCCGCUCCUUCAGACACACACAGAAGUCCCGCUGCCCGUGGUUCUCCUGCCGCCUCCGUCUCCUCCACCACAGGCCUGAACCCGUCGACGGGGAGGCGGAUCACUGAGCUCCUCAGCCGACAGGCCGACGGCUUCCUCCAGCAGCUGCAGGGCUUCGAUGAGCUCCGAAAGAGUGGAAAACUGCAACCACAGGAGCAGAUGAAGGGUCUCUCUCAGCUCCUGCAGGUCCUCGACUCCUUAGAAAGAUCCUACCUGUUGGCGAAGGACGAGCACAAAGUCCUGCAGCAGCACGGAGCAGAAAGCAGCCGCUUCGACCCCGAACGGGACCUGGAGGCUCUGAUCUUCCAGUUUGGACUCCAGAUGGACGAGCUGAAGGAGCAGGUGGAGCAGUCACAGCCCACCCAGGAGGCUCCGCCCACACCUCCUCCUCAGCCCACACCGUCACCUGCUGUCUCUGAAGGGGAGGAGCUACAGAGUCCACCUUUGCUCUUCACAGCCGGUCCAGGAUCUGGAGCCGAGGUGGAGGACUCGACUUCAGCCGGAGACGAGGACGGCGAAGAAACUCUGAAAUCUGUUUUCUUUGAACCUCUGAACAAACCCAGACGUGUGGAGCCGGGCUUUACCGCACUGUUAAACCGGCGUCAAAGCUUCGAAGAGCUUCCCAGACGAUCAAACAUCUUCCUGCUGGAGGCGGCGCCCGCAUCUACGGGUUCAAGAGCCAGAAUCCAGACCAGAAACGAGGACAACGCAGGACUGAGACGAACAACAGGAAACGCAGAACCACAGAGAGGAACUCCCAACAGUAAAUCCGAUCCCAGUCCUGUUCGUGGCAGCAGGUCCAGUCCUCCUCCACCUGGACCCUCCAGACACCCGUCCAGUUUACCCAGUGUUCCUGUGGGGGUGGGUCGCUCCCACAGCAGCAGCAUGAGCAGCCUGGGGGAGAUCACUGCUUCAGAGAGGAGGAGGAGGGACAACAAAUCCAAAACCACGAGCGUCAGACGGACGGUGAUGUGUCAGGACGGUGUCAUUUCCCCGGAGACCGACAGCGGCUUCAUUGGCUCCGAGAGCAGCCGUCUGACUCCUGCAGCUGCCAGUCCACUCCACCAGAGGGCGCCCACACAGCGUUUCGGUCAAACCUCAGACGGUCACAGACUCGGCUCUGCGUCCCGCUCCGUCACCUCCCAUCAGACGCAAAGGAGGAGACGCUCCUGUCAGGCCUCAGCCGGCGAGGACGGACCGAGCAGAGAGGAGGCGCAUCUCCUCCUCCUCCUCCUGCUGCUCCUCCACACAGCAUCCCCCAGAACCCACAGUGAAAGCAGUGAGUCUGGACUGGACAGCGCGACCCCCCGCCCUCUGUGUCUGAAAACGACAGUGACCACUUCGCUGAUUCCACAGGCUCCGCCCACAGCUCCCACUUGAGCCCCUC